AUGGCUGAAACAAGAUUCCGUCUGUAUCAAGGCAGCAAGCGUGCUGCAGACACGAUGAUGAACAUGCUUAAGAAGGGCAAACCUAAGCUUAAUAAAAGAAGAAAACAGAAGAAGCGGAAAAAGAAAGGGAAACAGGAAGAAGAAAAGAAAGAGGAAGAGAACCACGUUCGACGAUGGACCCCUGAGAAAUUCAGGUUGAGUGAUAGCAAAAACGUUCCUCUGAUUGAAUUUGGUGACGGCAUGUUCAACAAAUUCGCCGUUCAUCUAAAAAGCCUUAGAACUGGUGUCGUUGGUGUUCUUGGCGUGCCUUGA